AUGGUUGCAAUGGGAUCUCUCUUUGUCUGUGAGAAAGAUGCCAUUGAAAAGGGUGAGAUGCUUUGGAGAUUGGGACACACAGCUGUGUCCACAUCUUGGCCCUCGAUGCUUGAGAUACGAGGACCAUGGGAUACCUGUGAUGGCAUUCAAUUGGUUCUAACCGCUCUCAUCGGACAAGCAUAUGCGAUGCUGUCGAACAACGCAAGCAUCCGAACAACUGUAUCAGUGAUUCAUGGAUUGGGAUUCUACUGGGCCCGAACCACAGGCAUGUACUCCGUGCCAGAUGUCUUGUUAAAUUCACCGAGCCCCAAUCUGCCCGAAGAAGAGAAGAAUACUCUCUGGAAGACUUGGGCUGCUACUGAAGUCCAACGGAGAGCAAUUCAUGGACACUAUAUACUUGACGGCUUGAUCUCGCAAGCAUCGGGUUCGCCAGCGAGCGCAAGACAUCUCAUUAACAGCCUUGGAACAGCGUGUUCUGAUGCUGCUUUCACGGCGAAGACUGCCGAUGAAUGGAUAGUGGAGAUUUCACGUUCAAAGCAAUCACAGAUUCCAAUGAGUGAGGCUUUCACGCGCAUAUUUGCGCCAAAUUACACUGAAAUCCCUCUAAAGCUCGCAUACUUAUCGAUAUUCGUCAUCAUCGAAGGGUUGCAGACAUUAAUUGCCGACCUACAUGAAAACAAGGGUCCGGUGUUCGGCUCGGUAUCGCGAAAUCAGGUUAUUCAAGCAAUGCUUAAUAUACACCAAGGAAAUAUAGCGCUUGAAACGGGAUCAGACCGUGAUAACCUUCCGCUUCUCAUAAGGUGGCAUUGCGUUUUUAUCGAGACUACGGCUCAUUCAAUCUCAGUCUACCGAUGGCUGUGCGAUCACUACGAUCUUCCACAGGAUCUUAGUGGAAUACAUGCCAAGGGCCAUCAUCUAAAGCUCAACUUGACUGAAUGGGUUGGACAAGCAGAUGCUUUCCGCGCAGUCCUGCACGCCGUCUCUAUCACUCGCCUUCUUGAUAACCUUCCCCUUAGCCAGGUUUACAGGGCAAUGCACAUACCUACUGCGGUAUUUACUUCAGCGAUGGUAAUUGCUACCAUGUGUCUUUUGAAGGGGCCUUUUAUUGAGAUUCCGGAACGAUAUACCUGGCCAGAUGUUUGGAAGAGUCAACUUUCUCCAGGUGCAGACCAAGAAUCCCUUAGUUCGUCCGGACCUGAAGAUGUUCUACGGGAUCUAGGAAUAUCUGGCCCGAGUGGUAUGAAACUUGUAAAUCUUCUCGAUGAGCUGAACUCUCUCCAGGUUAUUCUGGAAACUAUCGCAUCGCGAUGGGGCGUCUCCGCACAGAUGGGUGAGAUCAUCGGAAGAUUUGCUGCUAUUGCGCGCCAAAACCGCACCUCAAUUUAA